AUCAUCAGUAUACCUCCAAUAGCCUCUCUGCUGCCUGAGCCGAAAACUUAAACUGCACUCCCCCUCCCCAAUGCCAACUUCUUAACCUAACCCCUUCCCUUCAGCCCAUGGUCCUUCGGCUGCCCCUCUCUUGCCCCUAUCUGGUGCUGCCUGAGGCGAUCGCCUCACCUGGCCUCAUUGGUGGUGUCCACCUGUCCAAUAUAGUGUAUCUGACUGCUAUGAUGUGUAUGCAUUUACCGCAACCUAUAAACUGAAGGGCCACAGUAGUUCUGGCUGUCUGGCCUUCAAAGAAUAGGAAUCCUAAAAUCUAAUGAGGCCUGGGGGUCUCAUGAACAAGUAUUUAAUGGGGUCCUUCCUUUCUGAUUGUGCUGGUAAAAAGACGAAAGAAUACUGCACUUAGUGUAAUAUCCUGCAUCACCUUUGGUUAGGACUGCUUGCUGCUUGCUCUGUGUUUGUCUUGACUCAGGCUGUUCCUAUAAUUUUUUUUCUUCUGCGCUUUACAGUGAAGGUCAGCUUUCUAAGACAGGUUGCUGUGUAUAAGCACAAGCCCACCAUAGGAUAAAUCUAAACUACAAGUCACCAAAUGAUAAGGAAGGGAAGGCUAGCACCAUGUUUGGGUUGUGCCAAAAGAAAGACCUAAUGCUUGUAUAUCUCGAGUACAAUAUUGUAUUACUCUAGGUCACUAGACAAGAACUCACUAUUGUGCUGAAAUUCUUCUCCUUUAUUUCAGAAGUGUCAACCAGAAUAGCCACAAAGGCACGAUUUGGCAAUGAGUGAAGAGAUGUCACAUCAGAAGAAUCAUGACGAUCAACAACAGAUGGUCCUUGAAGAUGUCAAAACUGUUAAAAAUAAUUUAGAAAAUGUCAAACAGAAUUUCCUCCAGGAAAUCAAAGCUAUUAACAAGACUUUGGAAAUUGUCUGCAGAACUUGCCCCUCUGGAUGGAAGCCAAUAGGUCUCUUCUGUUACUACUUCUCUACAGACACAUUGUCUUGGGACAAUGCUAAAGAUGAGUGUGUCAGAAAUGGAUCAGCGCUUGCAUUUCUCAAAAAUAAGGACGAGACGGAUGCCUUGAAACCUUCCAUUGAAAAUGGCAGAUACUGGAUUGGACUGAGACGUGAUACAGAACCUGGAAAAUGGAAAUGGGUGGAUGGAUCAAUGAUGAGUCACAGCACCUGGAAGGAAGGAGAGCCAAAUAACCCGCUUAGUGAGCAUUGUGCCGAAUCCGUGAGUGGAUACUGGAAUGAUCUGCCCUGCGAAAGAAAAUUGCUGUAUAUUUGCAAGAAAUGUCGGUGCUGCUGAAUUUGGAGUACUUAUAGCAUCUGAACCAAAGUUCAUCUGACUUCAAGAAGAUUAUCUCAACUACUGUAUAUCAGCCUCGUAUCAAUCAUCCUCGUUCAGAAAAUGGCUCAGUUAUAUAUUUUUUAAUGGGAACAGAGGAUGGUGGAUGGUGGAGUAGGAAUAUGUAGGGUCUUCUUACAAAACAGUAAUAAUUCAGAGUUACCAAAAUAAAUAUAUAUUCACAA